UGCACCGUUUUAUGCUUUCAGAUAAGUUACCAAAGGAUGUUCAACAGUUGGAUGAUAAAGCAAUUACACUAUUUUAUAAAGCUCUUGAACAUGGUAAAGAAAAAGUCAAUAAUGUUCGCCUGAUGGUUGUAGGAAUGUGUGGUGUGGGAAAAACGUCUUUGGUGAAUAAUUUGAUUUGGGAAUUUCGCAAACAAAAAACAAACAAAAAAACACUCAGCACAGAAGGUAUCGCUAUACAUAGGUGUAAAUUGAUGACAGGUGGUGAUUGGUGCUUAGAUACAGAAUUAAAAGGGGUCAAGUUUGGAGGUCGCAUUCAAAAAGUCGUUUGUAACAACAACCAGAUUUCUACGAACACGCUUUCAGAAACUUCAGCUAGCAGCAACUAUUUGCUUGUUGAAAGGGUCACAUCUACUGAGGAUCAUGAAACUCAAACACAAACUGAGCCAUUACAAACUUUCAAAGAAAGUAUUGACCUACAUAAAAAAGAUGAAAUUGUACAACAAGGAAUUAAGGUUGCCAAGAAGAUGCUUGAAACUACCAGUGAUAAUUCAGAAAAGAGCAAAGCUUCGCUUGAUGAAUCAAAAAAUGAGAUCACUGUGUCUGUAUGGGAUUUUGCAGGUCAGACUCUUUACUAUUCAACACACCAUUUCUUCCUGAAUGAGAGGUCUAUAUAUGUAGUCGUGAUGGACAUGACAAGAAGUUUGAAAGAUGUUGUAAGUAAAUCAGAUGCAAUUGGAAUUUGCUGUGGUUUGGUUGAUAGUUGUACCUACUUGGAUAUUUUUAAAUUUUGGCUUAAUUCAAUUCACAUGCACAGUGAUUAUCAAUCUGGAGAAAGGACAAUAAAGCCAACUGUUAUUUUAGUUGGCACGCGGAAAGACGAAAUGCAGGGGAGUGCUGAAGAAAAAGAGAAAAAUAUGAAUUUGUAUUUUGACAAUGCUUUAUGUAGCUUUGAUAAACACUCACCAAUCUUUAAUCACAUUUAUAAGAAUAGAUUUCUUGUAAAUAAUUUGUCUCCAGAGGAUACUGCUUUUGCAGAGUUACGAAAAGAAAUUAUAAGUUUGGCUGCAAAGCAAGAUUACUGGGGCAAAGAAUAUCCAGUUCGAUGGAUUCAUAUGGAACAAACAUUGGACAAAAUGAGAGAUGAAAAGCGGCAGAUAGUUAAAAUGAAAGAUGUUGUAAAAGAAGAUCUUGAAAACAUACACCCACUGGUAUUUGAAGAGUGCAUUCAGUGCCCAGACAUGAAGCCCUCAGGCAUGUGUACAGACGAACUAGCCAUCGCCAGCUACACUGGACGCUUCAUUGUCUGCAACUCUCCGGCUUCUCCGGGAACCUCAGCAACAUCCACUAAUGACAUCAGUGUGUACUCUCUACAACAUGGUCAACUUACUGACGAGGAACUUGACACUCUCCUCAGUACCAACUGGAAGCCCCCUGAAAAGCACGUGAAGGAGGUAGUCAACAGCGCCAUCAGUUGCACCCCAAUCUCAAGCAGACUCAUUUCCAUCCGUGUAUCAGCGACACCUCACAACAUCACAAUCAAACAGGUCUACACACCAACAGCUGACUACAAAGACGAGGAGAUUUAA